ACUUCGUGGCUCCAAGACCUAGAACUUUCAACCUUCAAUCUCGGAUGCUAAAUGCCGCUUGGUGAUGAGCUGAAGACGAAAAUGGCAAAUGAUUGGCCUAUAUCCCAGCAAUAUGUAUUUGGUAAACACAAAAGAGCCGAUCUCCCGUACAGCCCUACGAUAGCAAUACGAGGGUACGGCAUAAGUCCCGUAGCUAAAGGAUCCUAUAGCCUAUAAGCCCCCUAUCAGCCCAUCCGUCGAAAUGAAAAUGAAUUGUUCUUGAAAUCUUCUACGUACGCCUCCGGAAAACCCGACCAAGUGUUCGUCCACGAGUCCGAAGAAUGUCCACCAACGACUUUACCGGCUGGGCCAUUCGCCGCAGCGGCUCCUGCGUUGGGGAAGUUGACUGUGGUGUUACUGUAGAUCCCUUUCACGCCUGCUGCCCUUCCUCGACGGCAUGUCCAAGCCAGUACAACGUAGCUUGCUGCCCAUUCGGCACGAACUGUACGGCAGCGGCUGUCGAGACCCCGAAAUGCGCCAACGGAUCGUGGGCCAUGUUUGAUAACGCAGGCUUCUUCUGCUGCGAACAGGGCUAUAUAGGCUACAACUAUCGCGGUUCCGACGGGUGUUCUAAAUCCGGGGCAAGCUUACCGGAUGGCGCGUUGCCGCUUGCCGAGAUUUCCCAAGUCAGCUUCACCUCGAGCUCGACGACGUCGACAGCACCAACAGCAACACCGACGGCAUCAGCUACGUCAGACUCGCAAUCUAACUCCGAUUCCAAUUUCGGCUCGAAUAACUCGGCCCCCGUAGGCGCAAUAGUUGGGGGUGUAGUUGGAGGAGUGGCAUUUCUCGCGCUUGUUAUUUUAUGCUUAUGGUUCGUUCGCCGAAGAAAAGCUCGGCUCGAAGACGCUUCGCAGAGUUUCAUGCUGAACCAAGAACCUCCGGUCCCGAUAAGAACCGAGAAAUACGCGGCGACAGUCACGCCCGGUCAAGUAGAGAUUGACGGUAACCCCCGAGCCGAAUUAUCGAAUGACGCCGCUACGAAGACAUACGAGUUAGCUUAAAGUUUGUGCAUAGGCGAAACCUGGGUUUUACGGGACAGAAGAGAGCUGGUAGACUGGUAGAUUAGAAGUUGCCGACGCCACGGUUCCACAGAAGUGGAGGGAAAAAAACUCCGCGACAGGUCAUUUAGAAAGGCGUUGCAUAUCGCUUUCUCAGAGAAUAUCCCGUAUAGAGUAAUCGAUUUUAAGAAGAUUUUUAAUAUAUAUAGAAGGUCAUCAAAGACCGCAUUUUAUCGCCUGUUCGGCUUCAAGAUCAAUAUAAACACAGUACCCAUACCUCAA